AUGACGAUCGAGGAGAAUAUUGCACGGAUCGCCGAUAGUACACUCACUCCAACUGAUUUAUGGCCGCGUGUGCGUGGCUCAACAGCUUCACGAGAGUCUCGAAUGGAAGUGGUGGCAUGGGUGGCUGUAUGCAAAUUCAAUUGUAAUCUUGAAGGGGGCUUUGUUCGUGACUGGAUCGUGGCAAAUGAACGAGUGCGACCCCCACUAACAAUUCAGCCUUCAGAAUGGGUUCAAUUCGAUGCGAUAACUGGUAUUCCAUCUCUUUUGAAGGCAUUGGUUCCUUCUGAUAUUGACUGUAAAAUGCCGUUAGAUCGUUACUUUGACGUGGAAAAGUUUUGCGAUGAAAUCACCAAAUUCGAUAUGAAACCACAAAUCUAUCGCUCUCGUCGUUCUUAUAGGCUAUUGUUCGAUCAACAUCAACCGACGGGUCCGUUUACACUGGAAUUGAUUGAGCCGUAUUGCAGUGUCGGAUUCCGCAUCCCAGAUUUUGAUGUCAAUAACCUCUGCGUAAAACGUGACCAAUGUAGCCAGCUGAGUCAGCGCUUCGAUCUAGCCGAGCCACCAUAUUUGAUUGGCGUGAAGCAAAUCAUAGCGAACAUAAAAUGCAAGACAUUUCAUGUUCUACCCUCACUUAAUGAACUUAUUACAAAACGUAUUAAUAAGAUGAUGGCUCGUGGAUGGGUACAGAAUGGUGUACCGCUCAUCAACAGACCUCAGCAGGUUAGGCCAACAUUUGUCAUUAGUCCACUUUUGACAAGUUCAGAUCUUUACAAAAAUGUUGAGUUGGCAAUGCAAAAAAUUAUUGGAAGCACAAUGAUAAGCGUAAAACAAAUCUAUAAUCUUGAAUUGGAAAACAUAUGGAAAUCCAUGAAAGUAUUGAUUGCUAAUGAAUGUUCUGAUAGUAGUCCUAAUGAACAAUUUUUGUUUCACGGCACACACACGAACAAAUGGAAAAGAAUUAUGGAGGAAGGCUUUGAUUACGGCUUCUUUAAGACCCCUGGCGUGUUUGGUAACGGUGCUUACUUUGCUGACAAUGCACAAAAGUCUCACGAAUAUACGUUGCCUAUGCCUAGUGAUCCUACUAUGACGCGCAUAAUAUUAUUCAGUAAAGUGGCUUUGGGUCAAGAGAUGAUCAUGAAGCACAUGAAUAGUGCUCUUUAUGCUGCACCUCGUGAUCAUCACUCUGUUCAUGGCAUCGCUUCUGAUAGUUCAGAAUACGUUAUCUAUCGCUUGACACAGGCUCUGCCAUUCCUAAUAAUUACUUAUCAAGUUCACUCUUCAUAA